GUCCUUUUUCUUCCUACCCUCGGCGGGAUGCCGUUGGUGCCGCUCUCUCCAGCUCGGGUGUUUGCCGAUUUGGUGCCUCCCCCCGUAGGGGCGGACAGCCGGGAGAAUGAGCCUCCAAGAGCCGCGGGGGAAGGAGGAAGCGGAAUCCCCGGGUCUUUAUUGCCGCCCGGGAGGGAGGUUCACGUGAGCGGCAGCGCGGAGCUCAGCGCCAGCCCAGACCGGGCCAAAGUCACGGUUCACCUGGGGAGCCGGAAAGGGGAGGCCGGCGCAGCGCGGAGCAGCGUGUCUCGGAGGCUGGACUACAUCGCCCAGACCGCCCGGCAGCGCGGAGGUAUCUUGGAGAGCAAUGUGACUGUGACGAAAAACUUCAGUAGACUAGACAAUGCUUUUAAGAUGGAAGCAGAGGUCUGCAUUACAUUCAGCGAUUUUGGAAAAAUGCAAGAUGUUUGUAACUUUCUUGUUGAGAAGCUAGAUAGUUCUGUCAUCAUCAGCCCACCUCAUUUUUACCAUACGAUGGAGACUGUAGAUGCCCUUCGGCGUCAGGUAUGUCUUGCUGCUGUCGGGAGCGCCAGGCAAAAGGCUCAAGAAGUCUGCCAAUUGUUUGGCCAGUCCCUGGGGAAGCCCUUACUAAUAAGAGAAGAGGAAGUAAAGGAGUGGGAAGGCCACCUUGAAAAUCACAUAACCAAUUGUCCAGACUCACUGAGUUUGCAGCAGAGACUCCAAAAUGCCACUAUCUAUGUUUCCUCAAGGAUAUUUGCAGUUUUUGAAAUAAAGGGGGAGAGAAAGAGAAAAAAAGCAGCUCUUCUAAAUGUGAACUGAGUUUCCUGAAUUAAGCAAGUUUGUUUUCCCCUGGGAAGAAAAAUGUUCCCAAGCUCAACUUGAUUUUCCAUAAACAAAAAAUUAAAGUGACCAUGAUAUUA